GUCAUACCAUUUUCUUCCCAUCUCUCUCUCUUUCUCUCUCAUCAAAACAAAUUUCACAUUGGAAAAAUUUUGAAAAUUGAGAAUUUUUUUUGGGGGAAAGCCUCAAAUUUGCAAUCUCCUUCCUUCAACGUCAAAACCGUUCUUUAUCGCCUCCUUCAAUCCCAUAUUCCAUUCCCUAACACACUACCUCUGAUUCUCUUGUGUUUCUGCCCUCUUAUUUCUUCGCUCUGAGAAACCCUAUUUUUCUUCUUUUGAUCCACGCUUCUUCCGCAUUCAUUUCGCUCUACUUUGAUGCCCAAACUUUGUUGUUUCUACAUUUUCUUGGGUUCUUCGUCUUCUUCGUCCCCGACCCAUUUUUGAUUCGCCGACACUUCCGACAUUUUUGGGAUUGGAAUAGUUUUUUUGUGUUUUGGGGUUUCAUAAAACCGACCCUUCUGGAAACUAGUUCUAGGGUUUCCAUUUUCGGCCUCUUUAGGGUUUCAUCCCGGUGUUUAGAUUAGAUUUGGAUGUCUUCCUGAAUCUAUUUUUUCUUUUUUCUUUUUUAAUCUUUUUCUCUUGGGUGUGUUUUUCUUGUGGGGAACUCGGGGGAUCCUGGAAUUUUGUUCAGGAUUAUUCUAUGUUUGUUUGUGUUGUAUAUGCUUGGCAAUUUCUAACUUUAAACGCAAACGAAUUCGAGGGGAAACAAAUCCUAUCUCGUUUGGCUUAUCGAGCACUGAAAGUUUCCUUUUUGACUGAAAGGAACCUAAUCAAGAAGUUUGUGGAAAUUCUCAAAUUUCAAUUUCUUUUUAGUCAGCUUCUUCCCUCUUAGUAUAUUUUGCGUUUGUCGUUCGCUUUGUUUGUGGAUAAAGGAGGAAGAUAGAGUUUCUUUCCUUGUGGGGGGGCAGGCUCUCGAGAAAAGGGUCUAAUCGUUGUAGAGUUAAUUGAGUUGAGGGAAAGUCUAGGCUUGCAUGGGCGAACAUGAGGGGUGGGCACAGCCACCAAGUGGGCUAUUGCCCAACGGUCUUUUGCCCGAUGAGGCAGCUACGGUCAUGCGAGUGCUUGAUUCUGAUAGAUGGUCGAGGGCGGAGGAGCGAACCACCGAGCUAAUUGCCUGCAUUCAGCCUAAUCCUCCCUCUGAAGAACGCCGAAAUGCUGUUGCAGACUAUGUGCAGCGGCUGAUCAUGAAAUGCUUCCCCUGCCAGGUUUUCACUUUUGGGUCUGUUCCCCUGAAAACAUAUUUGCCUGAUGGAGACAUUGACUUAACGGCAUUUAGCAAGAAUCAAAAUUUAAAGGAGACAUGGGCCCAUCAGGUUCGGGAUAUGCUUGAAAGCGAGGAGAAGAAUGAGAAUGCUGAAUUUCGUGUGAAAGAGGUUCAGUACAUUAAAGCUGAGGUUAAGAUAAUUAAGUGCCUAGUGGAAAAUAUAGUUGUAGACAUCUCAUUUGAUCAGCUUGGUGGAUUGUGCACCCUUUGUUUCCUGGAGGAGGUUGAUCAUUUAAUAAACCAAAAUCACUUGUUCAAGCGUAGUAUUAUACUGAUCAAAGCCUGGUGUUAUUAUGAGAGUCGAAUAUUGGGUGCACACCAUGGACUUAUAUCUACUUAUGCCUUGGAAACUUUGGUCCUCUACAUAUUUCAUGUGUUCAACAAUUCCUUCGCUGGUCCCCUUGAGGUCCUUUAUCGCUUUUUAGAGUUCUUUAGCAAGUUCGACUGGGAUAAUUUUUGUGUUAGCCUAUGGGGACCUGUACCCAUUAGUUCCCUACCAGAUGUAACAGCUGAACCUCCACGUAAAGAUGGUGGAGAGUUACUUCUCAGCAAGUUAUUUCUUGAAGCAUGCAGUUCAGUUUAUGCUGUUUUUCCUGGAGGCCAGGAGAAUCAAGGGCAGCCUUUUGUUUCUAAACAUUUCAAUGUAAUAGACCCUUUGCGUGUAAACAACAACCUUGGGCGUAGCGUAAGCAAAGGUAACUUCUUCAGGAUACGUAGUGCAUUUGCAUUUGGAGCUAAAAGAUUGGCAAGGUUGUUUGAAUGCCCCAGAGAAGAUAUCCUCUUAGAAUUGAAUCAAUUUUUUUUGAACACUUGGGAGAGACAUGGCAGUGGCCAACGUCCUGAUGUUCCUAAGACUGACUUGAAGUGCUUGAGAUUAUCAAAUUCAGAUCAUUCACAUGGUUCUGAGAAUCUUAGAAACAAAUCAAACAGCAAAAGGAAUGAGAAUUCCUCUGCUCGUGAAACCCAAGAUGUUGUGUCCCGUGGCUCUCACACUGUGAACUCCCUUCAAGUUAAUUCUCCCUUGGAAAGUGCAUCCAGAAAUGACACUUCUACAAUUUCUCGUAAUCAAGCACAAAGGAGUUCUGGCAGUUCAAACAACUCGAGGUCCUCUGAUCAUAGUAGGAAAGAAACAAACUACAAUCAUGGUACCCUUGUAGAUAGAGGUCAGAGAUAUUCUAAACCCGAGAACCAUGUGAAUGAUGUACAGGGAAGGUUUCUGUUUGCAAGGACACGUUCUAGCCCAGAGCUUACUGACACCUACAGUGAAGUUUCAUCUCCAUCAAGGCGUAACAGAGUUUCUGAAAGUGGGAAAGCGCAUCCUAACAGAACAGAUGCCAGCAGGAGGAAAAACCUAGAAUCUGAUAGUGUGGAAAACCACUUGAUGAGAUCUUCAACAGACGAUCCUUCAAUUGUUAGACAUGUCGCAUCCCGUCAAAGCAUUGAUGCUUCUGCUGAUUCCAACAGUGGUUCAAAUAGUUACCAGGAUGAGUCAGGCCCAGGAGCUGUCGGUGAAGAUUUUGCUUCUAUUUCAGGGACACUGGCGAUGCAUCAGGAGGAGCAAGAUCUUGUUAACUUGAUGGCAUCAUCUACGGCCCAUAAUUUUAAUGGGCAGGUUCAUCUGCCGCUGAACUUGACGACUGGUCACUUACCUCUUCCAUUACCCUCUUCUGUUUUAGCUCCUAUGGGCUAUGCUCCAAGGAACUUGGGAGGAAUGGUUCCCACCAAUAUUCCCUUGAUUGAGACUCCUUGGGGCACAAAUAUGCAUUUCCCACAAGGUUUCGUUCCUUCUCCAUUGACUCAUUAUUUCCCUGGCAUGGGUUUAACAACAAGUUCAGAAGAUGGCAUUGAGUCGGGCAAUGAAAAUUUUAGUUCUGUAGAAAUGAAUUCAAGAGAAGGCGAUCAAGACUUUUGGCAUGAGCAAGAUAGGAAUUCUACUGCUGGGUUUGAUCAUGAUAAUGGGGCGUUUGAAGUGCUUCAGUCAGAUGAUAAGCAACAGUCAACUUCUGGGGGUUUUAACUUUGUUCCUUCAUCUCGAAUGUCUGUAUCUGGCACUACUACAGCUGCCCAUAAGAAACACACCAAAGAAAAUCGAGUGGCAAUGAAGGAUGGGAAUGCAAAUGCUUAUCAAGAUGACAGAGAGAAUGAAGCAUGUUAUGAUGACAGACCGUCUUCUUUUAGGUCAACUACUACUGUUGUACAUUGUAGUGGCCUAAGAAAUAAGAGCACCAUAGAAAAUUCUUGGGAAGAGUUGUCUUCAAGAGCCUCAAAAUCAUCAAGAGAAAAACGGGGAUGGAAAUCGAAUGCCUUGGAGUUGCCAUCCUCUUAUGGGAAAGGCAAAAAUGUUUCUGAGCAUUCAUCUACUGUAGCUGAUGAAGAUAGCAGAGAUUGGAAUCACCUCCCUACUAUGGGUGCUGAAGUUGCCGAGAUAAGUGCUGGGCCUCAAUCGCUAGCAUCUGCGCAUGCUACAAGGCAUCAAAUAGCUGGGCUCGAACCAUCCCAAACAACUGGGUCAGAUCCACUAAUACCUCUUGGUCCUGUGCUUUUAGGUGGCCCAGGUUCUAGACAAAGAGCUGUUGAUAAUUCUGGAGUGGUUCCUUUUGCAUUUUAUCCCACAGGGCCACCGGUUCCAUUUGUUACAAUGCUUCCAGUGUAUAAUUUUCCAACUGAGACAGGAACUUCAGAUGCAUCAACGAGCCAUUUCAGCGAGGAGGACUCCUUGGAUAAUGUCGAUACUUCUCAGAACACAGAUUCGUCUGAAGGACAUAAUAAGCCUGAUGUUUUAACCUCUAAUCCUAUUGGAGGGUCUUCCUUUAUUGAACCUUUAGAACCUAAACCGGACAUUCUUAAUAGUGAUUUUGCUAGUCACUGGCAAAAUUUGCAAUACGGGCGGUUUUGCCAAAAUUCUAGGCAUCCAACACCUGUGAUUUAUCCUUCACCUGUUGUUGUGCCUCCUGUCUACCUACAGGGCCGUUUUCCAUGGGAUGGUCCUGGAAGACCUCUUUCUGCUAACAUGAAUUUAUUCACUCUGAGUUACGGGUCUCGUCUGGUUCCUGUUUCUCCUCUCCAGUCUGUUUCCAACAGGCCUAAUAUAUAUCAGCACUACAUUGAUGAAAUGCCAAGACAUCGCAGUGGGACCGGAACGUACUUGCCGAAUCCUAAGGCUUCAGGGCGGGAACGGCAUUCUUCAAAUGCUAGACGAGGAAACUACAGCUACGAUAGAAGUGAUAGUCAUGGUGAAAGAGAUGGGAACUGGAACAUCAAUUCAAAAUCACGAGCUUCCGGUCGUCGUGGCCAAGUUGAUAAGUCAAAUUCCAGGUUAGACCGCCUGUCUGCAAAUGAAAGUCGAGCUGAAAGGGCAUGGGGCUCACAUAGGCAUGAUUCCAUGGCAUCAUACCAGUCCCAGAAUGGUCCGAUGCGUUCAAACUCGACACAGAGUGGUUCUACUAGUAUGGCUUAUGGCAUGUAUCCAUUACCAGGCAUGAAUCCCGGCGUCGUGUCUUCAAAUGGACCUUCCAUGCCUUCUGUUGUGAUGCUAUAUCCGUUGGAUCAUAAUGCCGGGUAUGGUUCGUCUGCAGAACAGCUCGAGUUUGGAUCUCUUGGACCCGUAGGUUUUGCUAAUCUAAACGAAGUGUCACAAAUGAACGAGGGAGGCAGAAUGAGUAGAGCAUUUGAGGAUCAAAGGUUUCAUGGUAGUUCAAAUCAACGCACUCCUCUCGAAGAACCUCCUUCACCUCAUCUACAGAGGUAGCCUUAGCUUAUUUUCCUUCACGACUGAACUAUUUUGCAAGAUAGAGAAGCGUCAACUGAAAAGAAGAUAAUGUCAUGAUUCUCGUCAAGCUGUGUCGGUUGCAUCCGUUGAUUCUACUAGCAGCUUGCAGCGUCUCACGAACCGAAACGGGUACCACCACCUUUAAACUCCUUAAUGCAUCAAGAACUCCCCACCCUUUGCACACUGUUUUUCCUCCCAAGAGCAUCCACAGGAGGAGAUUCCAUUAUUUCGGCAAAUAAAUGCUGAGGAGGAGUUUCCAGUUGAAAGGGGAGGGGAACCGAGGGAGGAGGUGACGACAAUGGAAGAAGUCUAUGCUGUGUAAUCUCGUUUUUACCAUCGUCGCGUAGAGUGAGACAUCAUCCUCCGGUUUAGUUUAACCAAUGUUCUCAUGGAUAAAAUGAUGGCGCACGGUACUUUGUAUGUGUAUAUUACGGAGCAAAAUCCAAUCCCAUUUAGAGGGACAGAAAGUGGCUGUGAAGGAAGGACGGACGAUCGCGGGUCUCGGGUGAUUAGAAGAAGAAGAAGAUGGUCAUUCUAUGGUUUAGAUACGUUAAAAACUAAUGAAGUUAGAAAGUAGAAAUCAUUUGGGUUGGAAUUUGGGGUGUUUCAUCCCCCCAUAUCAUUACAACACGAUUUGUUUCCUUGAAAUUCUGUCGCAAAAGUACAUUACAUUAGGUUGCCAAUUUAGAGUCUCACUUCACUUUGUAAUAGCUUUUUUUUUCUUCUUCUUUACAAACUCCUUCCCCUUUGCACAUUAUGACUUUGACAGAAUAGCAAUGACAGCAGCAGCAGCAUUAAACCAUCCAAAA